UCUUUUUUUAGGGGCGAACACACCGAGUUUCUCAGAAGGCUCCACAGUGCGCCUUUCAAACUGACCCUCCUAGAUCGAUCUACCUCGACAAACCCGCACGGGAAUUUGCCCAACACAGUACAGCCCGAACAAAAAGUAGCCGUUGCCUUUUCCCCGAUCUCCACCGAGAAACAAACGGGCGCUCCCAAUUUCGAACCACAAAAGGAAACAGCCCGUCCCAAAUCCACCGUCACGCACGCCCGCAGGCAAUCGGGAGAGGAAAGCAGCCGACAAGAUCUCGGGGUCGAGGAGAGAGAGAGCGAGCAAAAGGGGAUGGUGGAGAUCGGCGCGUGCUUCAUGGUACUUGAACUCGAGAUCUCUCCCCUCUCUUGCCAUCUAUCUCGUCUCCGCCCGAUUGGGUUUCCUUUCUUCCUGUCCGUGGUCGGGAACAGAUUCGUUUGGGAUAAGAUCGAGGAGUCGACGGUGGACGACGAAGAAGUCGCCGGGAGCAUCGACGGCGACGAGGUGGAGAUGGAGCCCGUGGAGCCCCUUCCGGAGCCCCCCGACGACGCCGGCCCCGUCGGCUGGCCCAUGCCGGACUUCUGCCCUCUCACGAUCGAUGGGGCCGUGAAGGAAUCGUUUCUGGAGACCCUUCGGAAGGAGAAGGACGCAGAGGAGAAGCUCCAGGGAGAGGAGGAGGCGGAGGCGGCGCCGAGCCCGGACUCCCGGCCGUCGAGUAGCAAGCGCCAGCGCGCCGGCACCGGAUCCCCUAGGAGCCCGUACCGUAACAUCCUGCAGGUAUUCCAGCAGUGCAAGCAGGAUGUGGCCUGAGCCCUGAGUCUGGUGAAUGGGAGGACCGGAGGAACAAGAGCACAGCACAGUACAGCCGUACAGGCCGAGAUGUCUCGGCUGCCGUCGUUAUUUUUCUCUUACUUCGAAUUGGAACACAAUAUGCUUUGGUUGUUUGGGACUGGGAGUAGUAAUCUGUUCGGAAACAAUAUACUACAGUACAACUUUGUUCUGGAGUACCUCAGAGGGGAUAGGAGUUAUAUUCUUGUGUAGAGAUGGGAUACAAACCUCAGAAAUAUAGGAGGACACGCUAGUUCAUUAUGAUUUUUCGCUUUAA